AUGACUGUCACCAUCAAAAUGGAGCCAUCUUUCCAAGGCAACCAAUUCCUUCCUGGUACAGCGGCCUACAAGCGCGCCAACAACAUCUAUGCCACCUCCACCUACGGCGUCAGUCGCGACAUGAACCCCUCAGAGAUCCUCCAGCCUGCAAGUAUCGAGGACAUCCAAGCAGUUGUCAGAGCCGCUGCCAAAAUGGGAAAACCCCUCGCCAUCAGAUCUGGUGGUCACCAAUACAGCGGUGCAUCCUCGACUGGCUCUCAGGGCAUUCAGCUGGACUUGAAGCCUACUUUCCGCCGUCCCAACGUUGAUCUCAAUAUAUUGAGGGAAAAUGGCAAGGUGUACCUUCGAUCCAGCGUCAGCUGGCACCUCACUGAGAUCUUUGACUUUCUCAAGGAUAAUGGCGUUUUCAUGCCGACUGGUCAGUGCUCUACCGUCUGUCUCGGUGGGCACGUCCAGACCGGUGGCUAUGGUAUGCUUGCACGAUCAUUCGGUCUUCUCGGAGAUUGGGUUCGAGAGCUUGAGAUCGUCGACUACAAUGGCGAGUUAGUCACGGUCACCAAAGACACUCAUCCAGACCUUUUUUACGGGUUUCUCGGAGGCAGCCCCGGCAAUCUUGGUGUCCUGACGCACUUCAAGAUCGAAGUCCAAGAUGACAAGAAUCAUCAGGGCUCCAAGGGCUUAUGGGUAGGCUUCGGUUAUUCGGAGGAGACACUCAAGACUUUGCUUGAUAUUCUCGUCCAGAAGGGAGAAGAUCCAAAGUUCCCUCGUGGCUACGACUUUACUGUCAACAUUGUCAGUAGACAAGCCAAUCUGCUGGAUCUCUUCCCUGGUUCUGAAGACGAACUCAAGCAGAAGCUUCCAAACAAUAUCCACGACGGAAAAGACAAUAUUGCUGAUCUACUCAAGUUCAAAUACGCAAUGAUUGUCGUCUACGCACAAUGGGUCAAUCUCAACGAGGAGCCAUAUUCCCCUGAUCUCUUCACUCAGAUCAAGAACGUACCAAACGAGUUCAAGAUUGUCAAAGAGGCUCCCGAAGGCACUCCGAUGUCUGCUAUCGCAGCCAUGUGGCUGUUCGGAAGCCCCCGUGAAUUUCCCUACCCCUACGAUAAGCGCACCAACAGCUCCACAUCCACCGAGCUGUCCAAGACAGGCUGGUCAUCCUGGUUCUCGGGCCGUAUCGAAGAAGUUAUCAAAGAUAAGCAUAACGGCCUCUGGGUCUCAUCUCAGCUGCAAGUCUAUGGCGGCGAGCAGUCCAUGUUUCGCAGAAACGCAGGUAACGGCACAGCUUAUUGCUUUCGAGACGCUACUUUUGGAGGAACCUGGGAUGUGUUCUACCAGGAUACCAAAGAGGCAGCUGAGAAGUGGCAGGCGGUGAAUGACGAGGGCAGAACAAAGUACUUCAGCAAGGAAGAUCGACGUGUUCUCUGGGGGUCGUAUGGUGAUUGGAACAUGAAGGACGUUUGGCAAUUCUACUACGACCCAGAGACGUAUAAGAAGAUGCAGAAGAUCAGGCAGACGUACGAUCCAAACGGGACUUUUACUGCGAACCCUUUCUGCGUGGAGGCUCUGAAGUAG